AUGCCUGUCGAAAAACAUGUCGUCUUCGAUGUAGUGGGUACGUGUGUCUCCUUCGAUGCAUUCUACAACGGCAUCGACAAAGUCAUCGGUCAACGUCUCUUGAAACACAACAUCACGGCCCGAUCCUUCGGCUUCACUUGGAUGACGGCCGCGGAACUCGAAUUCACCUUCCUCUCCAUAUCUGAACGCUACAAACCGUACAAAGAAAUCAUGCUGGCACUCUUCUUCCGCACCUUAUACAUGAUGGGCGUGGAGGAUCCCCGCUCGUUCGCCACUGAAGCGGAGCGCGAUCAAUGUACCCAAGGAUACUCCGAGCUAGAGUUGCGCCCUGGGGCAAAGGAGUGCUUUGCAAAAUUGCGAGAUUCGGGUUUCACGGUCUGGUGCCUGACAACCGGCGAUACUAAGCGCGUGCGUGGAUACUUUGAGCGCGGCGGGGUCGAUAUGCCGCUCGAGAACUUUAUUAGUUGCGAUACAGCCGGCGUGGCAAAGCCGGCUCUGGCUGCUUAUAGACCUGCUUUGGCGCAAUUUGGUGAUCGAGACGUCAAGUGGUUUGCUGCUGCGCACAUGUGGGAUGUGACAGCAGCUGUGAAGGUCGGCUUCCGGGGUGCCUACUGCACGGUUUACGAAAAGGAAUCUUGCGCUGAGAUUUUCGACGUGAAUUUGGAAGUGACUGCGGAUUCUCUUCCCGCGAUGGCGGAUAUGAUCAUUGCUGCAUCAAAUUAG